AUGAACCAAGAUAUAAAUAGCUUGUUUAUCGCAAGUCGUAGAUCCGAGCUUGCUAUAAUACAAGCUAAACACGUUUCUAAAGAGCUAAGCUUACUUAAUAAAACAUAUCAAUUUUCAAUUGUUACUAUUGAUACUUUAGGCGAUUUGGUAAUAUCAAAGCCUUUGUACCAAUUCGAUGGGAAUUCUCUUUGGACAAAAGAAUUAGAAAAAUUAAUGGUAGACAAAAGAUGUUCUAUGGCAGUUCAUAGUUUGAAAGAUUUGCCUACUAAUCUUCCUGACGGUUUUGUAAUUGGUGCUAUAUUAGAAAGAUUAGAUCCUAGAGAUGCUUUAGUUGUUAAAAAGGGAUUAAAUUAUAAGUGUCUCAAAGAUCUUCCUGAGAAAUCUAUUGUUGGUACUAGUAGUAUUCGUAGAAUUGCUCAGCUUAGAAGGAAUUUUCCAAUGUUACUUUUUAAGGAUAUAAGAGGUAAUGUCACUACUAGAAUAAAGAAAUUAGAUGAUCCUAAAUCGCCAUAUACAUGUCUUAUUCUUGCAUCUGCUGGAUUGUUACGACUUGGUUUAGGGGAUCGAAUUGUCGAAAAGCUUGAAUCGCCUAUAUUAUUGCAUGCUGCUGGACAAGGUGCUAUUGGAGUAGAAGUCAGAUGUGAUGAUAUUAUUGUGCAAGAUUUAUUGAAACCUUUAAAUCAUACGCCAACACUUUUAUGUUGUUUAGCUGAAAGGUCGUUAAUGAGUAGGUUAGAGGGAGGAUGUAGUAUUCCUAUAGGAAUUCAAACUAAAUUUGAUGGAAAUUUACUUAAGAUGGAGUCUAUAAUCGUAAGUUUAGAUGGUACUGAAUCAGUGAGUUCUAGUAUGUCUAUGGAAGUGUUGAAACAUGAUGAUGCUGUAAAACUUGGAAUUUUAUUAGCAGAUGAUUUAAUAAAAAAAGGUGCAUUGGAAAUAUUAUAUAAUAUUAAAGGUUAUGAUCCUAUAAAAGUAUAA